AUGGAUGAUAAAAAUGAUGAUGGUGACCAUGUCGAUGACAAUGUUGAUGAUAGUGACGAUGAUAGCGAUGAUGCUGACGACGACGAUGAUGACAGUGAUUAUGGUGUUGAUGUUAAUAAUGAUGAUGAAAAAAUAUUUUUGGUUUUUGAAGGUGAAAAGCAACCGUAUAUCAGACUCAUUGAGCAACCAAAUUCUACCUUUAUUGUUAACAAUGAAGUGAUUUUGCGUUGUGCAGUGGAAAGCAGUGUCAAAGUUCGUUUCCAGUGGUUGAGGAAUGGUACUGUUCUACAUCAAAAAGAUUGUAGAAUUGAAAAAUCAAAUCUGGAGAGCACUCUCUUAGCUGGUUCUGAGCAAUGCGGUGUGGGUAACUACAGAUGCUGUGCCCAGAGCAAACUAGGAGUUGUUUGUAGUGUACCAGUCAAUGUUACUCUACCUAUUGUUGUGAAGCCUAACCUGAAUUACCAUGUCAAAGGAAAGACAGCUCGCUUGGAAUGUCUCGUUGGAGCAUCAUUUCCAAAGCCUACUGUCGAGUGGUUGAUGGAUGGACGUAAGCUUGAAGAACAAGUUGGCCGCAACAGUAUUCAUUAUGUUGGCUUUGGAAUAAUUCACAUUGAAGAAGACAGGCUAAGUAAUGGACACAACAUUCAAUGUGCCACACACAAUAUCGCGGGAAACAGAACAAGCAAAACCAGGAACAUCCGCCAGCCUAUGAAAAUUAGGCAAGAUUCAUUUACACCUGGACAAGAUGAAGUAAGAGCUGUUAUUGGAUCACCUACAUUUCUAGAGAGUUUUUUCAAAAGUGAAGAAGGUGGAAAAUGGAUAAAAGAUAAUGUACCUUUUAAUACUGUCAAUGGACGUGAAGUGCACAAUUCGUAUGUGAAAAUAUUACGCACUCAAGCAAGUGACGGUGGCAUUUACAAGUAUACAGAUUACGGUGAACAUGUGUUGUUGGUUUACAAACUUUCUCUGCUUGAAAAACCUGUUAUUUUGGGUGAACCUGAAGAUUUUAUAAAUAAGCCAACACUGAAACCAAAUGUGAACAUUCCAUGCAAAAUGGCAGCUCUACCCAUGCCCGCCAUCACAUGGUACAAGAACGGUCAGAAAAUGUUGCCUUCGCACCGCAUCUGCCAGCAUUCAGACCACCUUCAGAUUAAAAUGCCUAAUCUCGGUGAUAGCGGCGUCUACCAGUGCGUUGGCCAAAAUGAAGUAGGGUCAGCAUCUCAAUCUUCGCUACUAACAUUUAAGACAGGGAAGACUCAACCUCCAGAGCCACCACACAAUUUAACUAGCACGAUUGUAACACAAAGUGAGGUGUGCCUUGAAUGGACUCUGCCUGCAAAGUUUGAACAUCAAGUCAAUAUGUUGUUUUAUUAUCCAAGUGUUGAUAAUUAUGGGAUGCAGCAUACAUGCGAGCGUGUUCAAAACAUUCUAGUAGAGAGCAACAUCAAUAAUACUUGCGUACCAGCGCUGUCUCCUAAUACUUGCUAUGUAUUUGUCAUGGCUGCUUUUGACAAACUAGCAAGCUAUCCAACUCCAGAGAUUACUGCAAAAACGCGUGAAGCUGCACCAUCUAAAGGUCCACUACUCUCAGUGUGGAUGGAAGAAUUUGAUUCAAUUCAUUUAACAUGGACGAGAAUACCGGACGCAUUUUCAAAUGGGCUUGUUAAACAGUACAAGGUAUGCUACGACCAAACUGUUGAAGAAGACACACAAAUUUGUCAGAAUGUAGAUGCAAAAAAAAGGGAGUAUCAAAUCAGAGGAUUGAAUCCUGGGAUUGAAUAUGAUAUCAAAGUGUAUGCGAUUAAUAGUGCUGGCAAAGGACCGCCUUCAGCACCACUUAGCAUUAGAGUGCCGACUACAUCACUGAACUGUUCUGUCCCUCGGUUGAUGCUCUUCCACAUAGAUGUCAUCAGUAACAGUUUAAAGGUCAGCUGGGCUGAUCCUAUCAGAACUGGUAUCCAAGGGUACCUUUCGUUAUCCAAAGACAGAAAAGUUGAGAAGUUGAUCCAACUAGAGACCAGUAGCACACAGUAUGUCCUGCCAGACCUCAGCCUGAAUGUUAUGUACACUGUUUCAAUGUAUGCUGAAAAUGACUGUGGCAGAGGACUUGAGAUGAAACAACAAACAAACUUGAUGUCCAAAGAGAAAGCCUUCACAGGGAUGAUAUGUCCAACCCCUGCGUUCGUCAGGAUAAAACUCAUAAAUUCUACUGUGCUACGUGUCCAGUGGGACAAACCACUCUUGCCAUUCAACCACAAGGUGUUCGUUAGCUGCGGCCCAAAGGAGGAUAUUUACACAGCCAGAGUCUUUGGCAACAAGAACAAGGCAACAAUCUCUCCGCUACCAUACUUCGUAAACUGCUCCAUUUUUGUUCAAAGUUACCAUGGCAACAACACAAGUGCACGGAGUAGUAAAAUACUGUUUCAGACUGAGACAGGACGACCUGAAACUCCACCUUCAAAGUUUGGCAUCAGUGGUGUUACCUCUGAUGCAGUUGAGAUGGAAUGGGAACCACCGACAAAGCCAAAUGGCAUAAUUCGGGCUUACAUCCUUGAAUACGGUGCCCUGCAAUUAAAUGAGACAGAAUUAUGGACUCCAGUGAAAGAGGAAUCGUCAAAUAUGCGCAGAACAGUUCGUAAUCUUAGAAGUGAUACAAAUUACAUGUUUCGUAUGACUGCCAUGACAAAGGUUGGUCGAGGGCCAUAUACUGAACUCAUCACAAAAAAAACUUUACCAGCAUCUGCAUCAUCAAAAGAUGAAGGAAUAAAAGACAUAUUUCUUUUUUCAACCUCUGCUCUUCCUCUUGUCAUCACAGUAACUGUAUUCACAUGUUGCAGUGUCCAGCUUCUCCUAGUUGUAGUUAAACUCUAUAUGAAAAAACCUUCCAACUCUGAUGCUACUAUAUUAGCCACUGCAUCAGCUGACAGAGCAUCCAGACAUGCUUACGAAAAUGAAGCAAUAGGUGGCAGCAGACAAGCCUUUCUUGAAAUUGCUGACAAUGAUGAUGCUUGUGGACAAAACCUAGAAAGAUUUGUCCAGGAUGAUGAAACGGAGAGAGGAGGCUCACAUCUGCGAACCUCUAAUCAAACAACUGAUAUAACGGCUAAAUCCUUGAAAAUUGUACAAAAUAUGGAAUACAGGCUCAAAGAAUCAAGGGGGGUCACAGUUCAGCGAUAUACAGUGCUCCCUCAAUGUGAUAAUGAUGAUUUUACAAACAAUAAUACAGCUGAUAGAAUCUUACAUACCCUGGAAUUGGAUGAUGAAAUGACUAAUACCAAAGUUAACUCAGAAAACGUUAAAUCAUGGGAUAACUCAGGGCAGACGAGAGAAGUUGUUUGUAUUAAAAAUGACAAAGUUUUGGAUGAGAGACUACUGAAUGUAGAAUUUGACAGUAUUGUAACAAAAAUACCUCAAAAUAUUAACGGGUCAAGUGUUAACAUGAAUUGUGGAAGUUUGAAAAAGAUUCUGGGCAAAAUUUCUGUAGCACAGUCUGUGGAGCAACUGUACACUGGAGUAGAAAUUUCCGACUCAACCCAUCACACGAAGGAAAUAGAAUUACAACCUAGUUCUGGUAGUGAGCAAAAACCUAACACACUUCUUAUUUCCGACAAAAAUAUUUCUGAUUCUGAAGUCAAAUUAGAAACAAUUGUCUAAGUCUGCAGGGUAUAACUGAAUGUAUAUUUUAUUGUCGCCAAAAAACAAGAAUAUGAUGUUUCCUUCUUUAUUAGACUUGAGAUAAAAACAAGGUACGGGUAAAAGAAUAUUUUGAUAACAAUUAUUGGUGAUGUAUUUUUUAAAGAUAUCCUCAUAAUCGUUGGAAAAACCAACAAAAAUGAAAUGAAAUUAAAUACCUCAAUUAAAAGGAUCAACAUCCAAUAUUUAGUCUACAAGGUUUCUAACUUGGUAGCUAGAUAAGCCUAGGCAAAGAAAAUUUGAAGGGUAUUAUUUAAGCUUGUGUAAAUUUUCUGAGAAAGUUAAGAGGUAAUUAAUAACUUACUUUUACCUAAUUAUAUUUUUAGAGAUUUUUUAGCUCAAAACAUCCAAAACCAAGAACCAGUCAUCCCACCACUUUAUUGUUAAAAUUGGAAUUCAGGGACCUUCACCUUUGUUCUAUCUACAGUAUGUAAUUGGUUAUCAGGCUAAUGGGUGGCUAGCUACAAAUUUUUCAAUGUUCUGUGGUUGAAUUUUAGAGAAAUUAAUUAAUUAAUUAAUUAAUUACCUUGGUGAAGCAAACAUCCCACAUUUAGAUUCUACAUCAGUGGCGGUGCCAGCGGGGUGGCAGGGGGGCUUAAGCCCCCCACCGGACAGGUCAAGCCCUCCACCGGACAGGUCAAGCCCUCCGCCGGACAGAGCUCGUCGGGCAGUCAGACUAUAAAA